AGAACAGUGAGGGGUAUGAAGAGAAGACGCCUUCUUGCUCUCCAAACCGCGUGCGCGUGGAAGUUUCCCUCCAAUCCAAACUCGCCAUUUCUUCUUCUUCUUCUUCUUCUUCUCAAUUUUUCUUCCAGCCACAGCCAACAGGCCAACCCCUUUAUUUACUCGUUGCCUCUCUUCUCUGCUCAUUGGUGAUGCCCCCACACACACAAGCAUCAAUGGAAGAUCUCCCUCCUGGUUUUCGCUUCUACCCAACAGAGGAAGAGCUAGUAGCUUUCUACCUCCAUAACAGGCUUCAAGGUCGAUUCGACCGCAUCAACAGAGUCAUCCCUGACAUUGGCAUUUAUGAUUUUGAGCCCUCCCAACUUCCCAAGCUCGCGGGAGAGAUGUGUCGUGGAGACACAGAGCAAUGGUUCUUCUUCUCACCGAGACAAGAGAGGGAAGCCAGAGGAGGAAGGCCCAACAGAACCACGGCCAGCGGGUAUUGGAAAGCCACGGGUUCUCCGGGGUACGUUUACUCCUCUGAUAAUAAAGUCAUAGGGUUGAAGAAAACCAUGGUUUAUUACAGAGGGAAAGCUCCUUCCGGGAGGAAAACCAAGUGGAAGAUGAACGAAUACAGGGCUAUUGAAUCCUCUCACCAAUCCUCCGUCGCGGCCCCUAAGUUGAGGCACGAAUUCAGCUUGUGCCGAGUUUACGUGAUAUCGGGAAGCUUUCGAGCGUUUGAUCGGCGCCCUUUAGCAGUUUCAGCGAGUGCGCAUGAUCAGAACACACAGAUGGAGGAUCACCCCAAAGUCCCAGACGAUGGAGGAUCGAGCGGUGCAAACCGGAAUGUAAAUAAUGAGGAAGAAGUAGCUCUACUGGAAUGGCUACAUUUUUCUCGUGAUGCUUAUGUUAGUCAUGACUCAAAUCCUUGAAUUAUAUUCACUGAUCAUUGUAUAAUAUUUUUUUUUUUUUUGUAUUAUAUCUUGUUGACACUGCUUUUUUUAAAAAUUUAUGUCAUAAGGCUUUGACCUCUAGUCGUUUAGCCUCUCUGGUUUCAGAUUUCUCCACCUGGUGGGUGCUGGAAGAUAGAGAGAUGUAUUCUAUUCCCUGUGGUUAAUUCAUUGUAUAACUUCAUCGUUAAAUAGCAGAGAUUAUUUAUCUGAUCUUUCGAAUAAGAGACGUAUUAUUCUGAUCUGCACGGAUGCUUGUCAUUU